CUGGCCAUCGAUCGCUGGAGAGCACAGCGGAGGGAGAUCGAACAAGAGACGAAUAGCCAGCAAAAUAAUUAAAGAGGUAGCUGGAGAGAAGGAGAGAGAGAGAGAGAGAGAUCGACGAGCUAGCUAGAUGGCUUCUUUCGGCGUGGCCCCCGUUGGAAACGCGGCGAGCGGCAAGAAGAUCUUCCGGACCAAGUGCGCGCAGUGCCACACGGUGGAGCGCGGGGGCGCGCACAAGCAGGGUCCCAACCUUCAUGGCCUCUUCGGCCGCCAGUCCGGCACCACCCCCGGCUACGCCUACUCCACCGCCAACAAGAACAUGGCCGUCGUCUGGGAGGAAGGCACCCUCUACGACUACCUGCUCAACCCUAAGAAGUACAUUCCGGGCACCAAGAUGGUGUUCCCCGGCCUGAAGAAGCCGCAGGAGCGCACCGACCUCAUCGCCUACCUCAAGGAAUCUACCGCCUAACCCAUCCAUCCAUCUAUCCAUCAUCUGCUUGCUGCAAAAUAUAUAUAUAUAUAUCGUAUCAUUAUGUUUGUGUACCCCUAUGUUAUACUCCUUCCGUAUUUUAAUGUAUGACACCGUUGAUUUUUCGACCAACGUUUGACCAUUCGUUUUAUUCAAUUUUUUUUUGCAAAUAUGAAAAUAUUUAUGUCAUGCUUAAAGAACAUUUGAUGACGAAUCAAGUUAUAAUAAAAUAAAUGAUAAUUACAUAAAUUUUUUGAAUAAGACGAAUGGUCAAACGUUGGAUAAAAAGUCAACGGCGUGAUAUAUUAAAAUAUGGAGGGAGUAGUAUAUAGCAUCUAUCUCAAUAAGCAUGCAUGCAUGCAUCUGUUUAAUUAUCGUUCCAACCAUGCGUGCGUGCGUAUUUGAAAUUAAGAAGCAUCGUAUUUAUCCUCUUCUACUGUAAAAGCAUGCAUGGAUAUCAUAUCGAGAUCAAGUUAAUUAAUAGUAGCAAUGCAAAGCAUGCAGGAUCAGAAAUGUGAGAACGAAACAUUUGAUGUUUCCGAGCAUAUAUGUACAUUUAAAUGUGUUCU